AUGUGCCUCUGCCUUCUCGGGAUUGCAUUGGCGCUGCUCGUGCAGCCGAGCACGGACUUUGCUCGAGGAGUUCCUGGGCUGAAGGAGCAUGCAAAACGGCACCCGUUGCAUGCCGGAGUCGCUCGGCGCGCCGGGGCUGCGCAAGAGGACAACAGUGGCCAGGACCGGCUCGAUCUCGAGGAGGUGGUCGCAGAAGCCGACAGGGUGCUGGAGGACAACGGCACGGCGAAAGAGACCAAAGCCGUCUUGCGAAAAGCGCAGAAGAUAUAUCCAGGGAAGUGGACCCUUUCAGGGCUGAAAGAAGAGUUACAACAAAAACUGCGCGAGUUUGUGGAGGAGGCCAAAGCAGCCUCAAAGGGCUUGAAAGAGGACCUGCUCCUGGCGCGGCAGCAGCUGAAGCUUGCGCUCGCGCAGCAAGAAGCUGCCCAGGAGCAGGAAGUUAAAGCCGUCGCCAGAUUGGAGAAGGCGGAGGAAUCAGGCACCAAGGAGGAGGUGGAGAAGGCGGAGAGGAAGGUGGAGAAGGCGGAAAGGAAGGUGGAGAGGGCGAAGAAGGAGGUCAAGGAGGCGAAGGCAAGCGGCCGGACGAAGGAGUCCGAGGCAAGCGGGAUCAAGGACGACCCAGAUGCCACGGCGUUCAUCCAGGAGCUGGUCAAGGCCAAGCCCAAGGACCUCGGCGAAGGCGUGCAGGUCUUCGACCUCAAGACGUGCCUGCCCGCAGAGCCCUACGACCUGAGCGGGCGGAAGCUGCUGACGCGGAACACGACUCGCCAGGCCUGGCAGGCCACCUUCGCGAGGCGCGUGGCCAUGCUGGGCACCCCCGGCAUCGGCAAGAGCAGGUCCCUGGCGCUGGGCCUGUGGCACCUGGUGUCGGGCCACCGCCCGGACUGGAUCAAGGAGCCCGAGGCCAUCGUCUUCGAGGCCCGGGAGGGCCUCAAGGUCUUCAUUUUCAGCAAGCACGAGGACGGCCGCUGGAAAGGGCACAGCCUGCCGAUUGGCAAGUGGGAUGCAAGCGACUGCGAGCACCUGCAGAACAGCGACAAUUGGUAUUUAGUGGAUACCUACGGCAAGGAGACCACGGGGAAGCUGCCGGCCAAGACGGUCAAGGCCUGCAGCCCGGACAGAGAGCACUACACAGAUUUUGUGAAGAGCGGUGGGGCUUGUGUGUACGUAGAACAAUGGAAGAAGGCUGAGCUGGAACUGGCCUAUGUGCAUUUUGCACAGCCUCCAGUCGACAAGGACACGGUGUUGCGCAGGUUUCAAUAUGUUGGAGGCAACCUGCGUGCCCUGUUGGACGGCAAUGGAGGCUUCCGCAAGUACCUUCAGGAUCAAGAAAAAUCAAGCUGA